GUCCGCUCUCGUUCCCGCGUCUCGCGAGCGUUUCGGUGACUCGCGGAGGCGGUGUGGUUGGGUCAGCUGCAGGCUACUGUGGGGCUGAGGGUACUGCGAAGCGGCCUGGUGCAGUGACCAUGUUCCGAGCAGUGGCUCCGGUGCAUCUCCGGCGGGCGGCCUCAUCGCUACGAUUUCAGAGUACCCUGGUAAUAGCUGAGCAUGCAAAUGAUACCCUAGCACCCAUUACAUUAAAUACCAUCACUGCAGCCAAACGUCUUGGAGGUGAAGUGUCCUGCUUAGUAGCUGGAACCAAAUGUGACAAGGUGGCACAAGAUCUCUGCAAAGUAGCAGGUGUAGCGAAAGUUCUGGUGGCUCAGCAUGAUGCAUACAAAGGCCUCCUUCCAGAGGAACUGACACCAUUGGUUUUGGCAACUCAGAAGCAGUUUAAUUAUACACACAUCUGUGCUGGAGCAUCUGCCUUUGGAAAGAACCUUUUGCCCCGAAUAGCAGCCAAACUCGAUGUUGCCCCUAUUUCUGACAUCAUUGCAAUCAAAUCACCUGACACAUUUGUGAGACCUAUUUAUGCAGGAAAUGCUUUAUGUACAGUGAAGUGUGAUGAGAAAGUGAAGGUGUUUUCUGUCCGAGGAACAUCUUUUGAAGCUGCAGCAACAAGUGGAGGUAGUGCCAUUUCAGAAAAGGCAUCAAGUGCGUCCCCAGUGGGGAUAUCAGAAUGGCUUGACCAGAAAUUAACAAAAAGUGAUCGACCAGAGCUGACAGGUGCCAAAGUGGUAGUUUCUGGUGGUCGGGGUUUGAAGAGUGGAGAGAACUUUAAGUUGUUGUACGAUUUGGCAGAUCAACUACAUGCUGCAGUUGGUGCUUCUCGUGCAGCUGUUGAUGCUGGCUUUGUUCCCAAUGACAUGCAAGUUGGACAGACAGGAAAAAUAGUAGCACCUGAUUUAACAGUGUUAGACAGAAAUCACAGUGUGCAGGAACUUUAUAUUGCUGUAGGAAUAUCUGGAGCCAUCCAACAUUUAGCUGGGAUGAAAGACAGUAAGACAAUUGUGGCUAUUAACAAAGAUCCAGAAGCUCCAAUUUUUCAAGUGGCAGAUUAUGGAAUAGUCGCAGAUUUAUUCAAGGUAGUUCCUGAAAUGACUGAGCUAUUGAAGAAAAAAUGAGUCAUGACCAUGUCUUAAGAAGGAAAAUUAUAUCCAAGUAUUGAGCUGAAAACAUAAGAAAUUCAUGGCUAAUAUAACAAUCAUUGGAAAGCAUGGAGAGCUGUAUUUCAUAAUUUGAUGAAAAAUGCUAACGCAUGUCAGAAUGCUUUUUUAUGGGGUUAUUAUGUUUCUUCUUAAUUAUCUGUGGUUCCAAACAGUUAUUUUUUGGAAUUUUCUUAUUCUGUAAUAAAAAUAUAAUAAACUUUUCCAUAGAAUUACAAUUA